GCCCAGGCCUAGCUUCCGGCGUCAUUUAGCAGCGGCCUGGGCGCUCCGUGGUCCAAGCAAGGACAGUGCGGAGGGUGCGGCUGUACUGACUUAGCUACUGGCGCGGCCUGUGCCUUUGCUGAGGACGGCGUGCGGCGCGGAGGUGAGGAGCCGCUCUGGGACCGCCGAGUACCUGCCUACCUGGCGGCUGCAUUUCUUUGUGCUCUUCUCACUUUUCCUGGCCUGUGACCCCAGGCCAUGCAUGAGGUGAGGGGAAGGUGACGUAAAUAUAGUGAUGAGUGGGAAGGAAGAGGACACUAUGUGCUUAUCUCUGCCAGGCAGUCUCCUAACUUGGUGAUCCCUCACAGACCUGCCAGGGAAUGAAGGAUGGCAGCACGCCGCGCAUUAAAGGCUGUUUUGGUGGAUCUCAGUGGCACACUUCACAUUGAAGAUGCAGCUGUGCCAGGCGCACAGGAAGCUCUUAAAAGGCAAGCUAUCCUCCAGGUUCAGCUGACAAAUAUGUUUGUUACGUGCUACUUCUGUAAUGAUUAGGUUUGUGACCAAUACAACCAAAGAGAGCAAACAGGACCUAUUGGAAAGGUUGAAAAAGUUGGAGUUUGAUAUCUCUGAAGAUGAAAUAUUCACUUCUCUGACUGCAGCCAGAAACUUGGUAGAGCAGAAACAAGUCCGACCCAUGCUGCUGGUUGAUGAUCGGGCCCUACCUGAUUUUAAAGGAAUCGAAACAGGUGAUCCUAAUGCUGUGGUCAUAGGAUUGGCACCAGAACAUUUUCAUUAUCAAAUUCUGAAUCAAGCAUUCCGGUUACUCCUGGAUGGGGCGCCUCUGAUAGCAAUCCACAAAGCCAGGUAUUACAAGAGGAAAGAUGGCUUAGCCCUGGGGCCCGGACCAUUUGUGACUGCUUUAGAGUAUGCCACAGACUCCAAAGCCACAGUGGUAGGGAAACCAGAGAAAACGUUCUUUUUGGAAGCGUUGCGGGGCGCUGGCUGUGAACCUGAGGAGGCCGUCAUGAUAGGAGAUGACUGCAGGGAUGAUGUUGGUGGGGCACAGAAUGUCGGCAUGCUGGGCAUCCUAGUGAAAACAGGGAAAUAUCGAGCAGCAGAUGAAGCAAAAAUUAAUCCACCUCCUUACUUAACUUGUGAGAGCUUCCCUCAUGCCGUGGACCACAUUCUGCAGCAUCUACUGUGAAUCGCUGCCUGAAUCAGAAGCACCUUGAAAUGCAGCUUUCCAUCCUCUGCAAUGACUCAGUCCCUCAACAACUCAUUGCCGGCAUAGACAGGCGCGGACCACUUGUCACGGCCACAACUUAACCCUCUUUUAUUGUACAGUAAUCAGAAAGAAAGGUAUUGAAUUGCAGCCAGCCACUAAGCCUUGCUAAUAAUCCCUCUUGUUUUACUUCGUAAAAGAUGAGGCCAGAGAAAGGGAAAGCUGAGAUUGUGUGCCAUCCCUCUUAAAAUACUCAUCAGGUUAGCAGGGCUGGAGGGAGAGUCUACUGCAGAGUCUUGUCCGCUGUCUCCUCAUUGGUCAGGUGCAGGGGUUGGGUUUCAGACUGUGAAUGAAGUCGAUUACAGCUGCACUGAAGGGUGCAUUAGGCUGUAGUUUUAAUAUCGAGUUCAACUGAGAAAUCCAUCAGAAGUGCCAAGUGGAACACAGGACAGAAGAAGCAAGAGAAAUUGUCCUUUAGCCCAAGUGAUGGAGUGAAUAUGCUUUAACGGCUAUUGAAAACUAGAUUAGCUACUGUGUUAUUCCCAGCACGGGUGACUUCUUUUUCUCUUCAUUAGCCAGAGAUGACUAAUUUAAAUUUAGAACCUGAUUUUAAUUUAAAAUAAUAUUUCCAUUAAUAACCUAUUCAUUGCAGAUACCUAUUAUACUGUGUAACAGUUGUUUUGGAAAUUUUAUGUAAAAUUAAAACUAUCAGUAUUUUACAGAUGUUUUAAUUAGACAUUGUUAUUAACAGGAACAGUGCAGAAACUAAAAUCAAGCCUUUAAUGUCUUAUAGACCAUGCAUUUUUGAGGUUAGUGUCCACCAGAGUCCUAUUAACUGUACAUUUGCAAGAUUUCAUUAUUUUUGCCUCUGACACUAUGGGAGAAAUCUUUUAGAAGCUAUUGGGACAGAUUCAAGCUUUUAUGUACUUGGUUACUACGGCUGUAAAAUGAAAUCUCGUCUUGUAGCGUGGAUUAUUCUUCUCAUGUUAAACCCACCAAAACGAAGGGGACAAAGUGGGUAAUGAUUUUCCUCGUGCAUUUGCAUACCGUGAUGAUCCUGGGCCUUUGCAGUUGUUUUACGGGGCUCCCGGGCAUUGGGUUAUUAGCGUGUAAUUGUACAUCAUCACAGCGCUCACCUUCUCGAAGCGCAUCGUGAUGUUAAUGGGCCUCGGGUUUUGAUGCUUGUUUAGAGAUCAGCUUGGUGUUGGAUUCGAGGGAGCAGAGCUAAAUAAAUGGCAGCUCCCUCUCCU